AUGACUGAUAUCAAUACAGUUUUAUCACAAUUUGCCAUUGUUAAAAAGCAUAUUGAACGCAUUCAACAAUUUAUGACUGGUGCAAGUAAUGUAACUAAUGUUUCUGAAUUUAGUGUAAGGAAAACAAAGUUAAAUGAAUGCAUGGAGAAACUUGACAUUUUAUAUGUAGUACUGGAUGAGCAUAGUCCAGGAGAAUUCACAAAUGAAUAUGACGCAUUUUAUGAUCUUGGCUUAUCACUAUUAGCUUCGUUGGAACAACAUAUAAUUGUCAAUAAAAUUACUGGUAAUUUACCCUCGACUAAUAUUGAUAUUACGGAUUGGAAGAUACCCGAUAAUAUUAUGCUAGCAGAUCCUACAUUUAAUGAAGCACUACCUAUUGAAUUACUCAUAGGUGCUGAACUUUAUUUUGACGUGCUACAACAAGGCUGCAUUAGAUUAGGCAAAUGCUUACCGAUAUUAAGGGAAAGUAAAUUUGGGUGGUUGAUUUCAGGCGUAUAUAAAGUUGAGGAUAGGGAUGAUAAUUCAUAUGUAGGUUUAAUUUCAAAUAUUGAUCUUCAUAAUACCAUAACUAAAUUCUGGCAGAUUGAAGAAAUUUCAAUUGAUAAUAUCAUAACCGGUAGUGAUAGGGAAUGUGAAUCUUUAUUUAUUGAUAAUGUGACCAGAUUAGAAGAUGGUCGUUUUUCGGUCGCACUGCCGUUCAAAUCAAAUGACAUUGAAAUGUUAGGGUCGUCGUUUUUAGGCGCAAAAAAUCGUUUUCUUAAUUUAGAAAGACGUUUGUCGCGCAAUCCAGAACUUAAAGCUAUGUAUACUAAUUUCAUUCAUGAAUAUAUUAAUUUAGGACAUGCAAAAGUUUUACCUUUCCCAAACAUCAGUGAUUUAUCUAACUCAAAUUAUUUUCUUCCUCAUCAUCCUAUUUUGAAAGAAUCAAGUACAACUAAAUUACGAGUUGUUUUUGACGCUUCAGCUAAAUCUAGUUCAGGGUCUUCUUUAAAUGACGUAUUGCAUACAGGCCAAAAGUUGCAGCAAGACUCAUGUUCAAUUUUGUUAAGAUUUCGUUUUCAUCUUUAUGUUUUCAUUGCGGACAUUGUCAAAAUGUACUGA